AUGAUAAGUAAUGAAUAUUUAAAUGAUCUUAAUCCAGAAAAUAAACUAGGAACAGGUGGAUAUCUUUCUGUAGCUUAUAGUAAUUUAAUGAAAGAAAUGUGGUAAGGAAAUUAAAGUUCUAUAUCACCUCAUAUUUUGAAAAAAGUAAUAGGAAAACUAGCUCCAUAAUUUAUGGGUUAUAAUUAAUAAGAUUCUUAAGAACUAUUAAGUUAUAUAUUAGAUGGUUUACAUGAAGAUUUAAACCGUAUAAAAGAAAAACCUUUAAUCGAAAAUAUAGAAUAUGAUGGAGGCUCCAAUAAUGAUUAAUUAAUUUCUCAAAAAUUUAAUGAGAAUUACAAAAAGAGAAACGAUUCAAUAAUCGCUGAUUUGAUUUUGGGAUAGUUUAAAAGUACAUUAGAAUGUCCUACAUGUGGUAAAAUAUCAAUUACAUUUGAUCCUUAUAUGACUUUAUCACUUCCUAUUCCUUAAGAAAAUUAUAGAUAAAUAUAGUUUUUUAUAAUAUAUAAAGAUAGUAGGGUUACUCCCACAUAAUUGAGCCUUAAAUUAGAUUCAAAUACUACAAUUUUAUAGCUAAAAUAAAUACUAUAUCAAUACACAAAAAUUAAUGCUGAAAAUCUAGAAUUUUGUAAUUUAAAAGAUUUCUAUAUAACUUAAAUUUUCGAAAAUAAUGAAACUAUAAAAGUAAUAGAAUAAUAUGGAAAUUAAAAUAUUUUUUAUUUACAAUAAUUUUAAAUUCCAAAAAUAUUAGUUAUGAACGAUUAAUUUAUUUAAAAAAGAUAUUUCAAUACAAUAACUAUAUAUAUAAUUAUAUAAAAUAAUCAGAGUGAACCUAUCCCUAUAUUAUUAAGAAAAAGGUAAAAAACCGAGUAAAUAAACCUCCAAGAUGACGAUACUAACACAAUAAUAUAAGAAAUAAUUUAAAACUCUAAAUAUAAUGCCGAUUUAUUUAAUUUUAAAAACUAAGAUGGAAGAGAAAUCCCUUUCGAAAAUUGCGAAAACAAAAGUAUUUCUUAAUAUAUAGACAAAGGAAAAGAAGGUAAAGAAUGCCUAAACAUAAGAAUGCUUCUUUAAAAAAACAGUGAAAAGCAGCUUUAUAAAUUCAACCGAUAUAAAGAUGAAAAAGACACUAAAAUACUUGAAAACAGUAACCUAUUAGAUAAAAAAAUAACUAUACAAAAAUGCCUAUAAGAGUUUACGAAAAAAGAAAUACUAGAAAGUGGUAAUGAAUGGUAUUGUAAUAAAUGUAAAGAACAUAAAAAAGCCUCUAAAAUUAUGCAAAUUUAUUCGGUUCCGAAAAUCCUUAUUAUUCAUCUAAAAAGAUUCAAAUCAGGAAAAAUGAGAAACUUUGGAAAAUACUUCUUUGAAAGCGAAGGAAAAAAAAUAGACGAUUUUGUAAAUUUCGAAAUUUAAAAUUUAGAUCUUUCUGAUUUUGUAAUUUCUAAAUUUAAUCAAUAAAAUUAUAUUUAUGAUCUUUUUGCUGUAAGUUAACAUUAUGGAGGGACUAGUGGAGGUCAUUAUACGGCUGCUGGGUUUAAUUUUGAGAAUAAAAAAUGGUUCUAAUUUAAUGAUUCAUAAGUUGAUAGUAUUUAGCCUUAAUAAGUGGUUAAUAAAAAUGCUUAUUUAUUGUUUUAUAGAAGAAGAGAAGAAUGA